UUGUCAAUAAAACAAAAUAAAAAAUAUGUGUAAUGUUGGUUGCAUACAUCGAUAUAAUUUCAAGGUUAUGUUGGACGUCAAAACAAUUUAACCUAACUUUUUCAACCCCCAAACAUGGAUAAUUUAACGGAACUCAUGGAAUCCGCCUCCCUGUUCGACGCCCACGAGCACUUCAUGUCCUUUUGUCUCUUAGCAGCCCAACGAAGUAAAGAUCCCUGUACCCAAGUGGGGGCUUGCGUAGUUGACCGUCAAGGGAAUCUUAUCGGUUCUGGCUACAACGGCAUGCCUCGUGGCUGCCACGACGAUGAGUUUCCCUGGGGUAAAAGAUCUGAGAAUCCUUUGGAAAACAAACACUUAUAUGUAUGUCAUGCCGAACUUAAUGCUAUUGCUAAUACGACUGGAACUAUGAACGAUUGUGUGAUAUAUGUCACCUUGUUUCCUUGUAAUGAGUGCGCAAAAUUGAUUAUACAAAAUGGUAUCACCGAGGUAGUUUUUUUGUCUGAUAAACAUGCACACAAGAAGAGUACCAUGGCAGCAAAGGCUAUGUUUGACAGUGCUGGUGUUAAAUAUUGGCAGUUUAAAUCAAAGAAAAAAAUUACAAUUGAAUUUGAAGACAUUAAAGAUAGGGUGUUCCACCAGAUUAUCUUAUAAUUAAAAUACUUAAUGUAUUUUAAUAAUGAGAAGCUUUUAUUUGUACCUUCUUAUUAGAUAAUUAUAGUGUUCUCUAUAACAUGCUUAUGACUGUGAUUACUUUUGUAGGCAAUAAAAAUAAAGUAAUUAUUUUUUCA